AUGACAAUUUGUGCCAAACUAAUACUUAUCUAUCUAACUAUCUAUCUAUCUAUCUUUUGUAAUUUCUAUCUAUCUAUCUAUCUAUCUUUUUCUGAUUUUUUUUUCUUUCUUUCUAUGACUUUUGUAAUUUUCAUCUAUGUAUCUAUCUAUGUAUCUAUCUAUGUAUCUAUCUAUCUCAGGCUGUUCAUCUAUCUAUCUUUUGUAAUUUCUAUCUAUCUAUCUAUCUUUUGUAAUUUCUAUCUAUCUCUCUCUCUCUCUCUCUCUCUCUCUAUCUAUCUAUCUAUCUUUUUCUGCUGUUCAUCUAUCUAUCUAUCUUUUGUAAUUUCUAUCUAUCUAUCUAUCUAUCUAUCUAUCUAUCUAUCUAUCUUUUGUAAUUUCUAUCUAUCUCUCUCUCUCUCUAUCUAUCUAUCUAUCUUUUUCUGUUUUUUUUUUCUUUCUUUCUAUGACUUUUGUAAUUUCCAUCUAUGUAUCUAUCUAUGUAUCUAUCUAUCUCAGGCUGUUCAUUUAUCUAUCUAUCUAUCUAUCUAUCUAUCUAUCUAUCUAUUUUGUUUAUUUCUUUCUCUUUCUCUUACCUUCUUGCUUUCUUUCUUUCCUUCUAUGAUUUUUAUACUACCUUUCUUUCUUUCUUUUAAUGUGUCUAUCAAUCUAUCUAUCAUUAUUUUGUUUCUUUCUUUUUAUUUCUACCGUCUGCGUUUUAUAAUUCUUUCUUUUUUCUUUCUUUUUGUUUCUUUUUGUCUCUUUCUUUUUCUUUCUUCUAUGAUUUUUCGAAUUUCUUUCUUUCUGUCUACACUUAUAUUUGUUUGUUUCUUUCAUUUUCUUUUUUUUUCUUUUUCUCUGAUUUCCCCUUCAUCUUUCUCUGUUUACUUUUCUUAUCGUUUCUCUCGUUUUCUCUUUUUCAUGACUUCUCUGUUUCUUCAGUUUUCUUAUCUUUUCUCUUUCACUAUAUUUCUAGUCUUCUGCUUCAUUUCUUUGUUACUUCAGUUUUAUUUCUUUCUCCAGUUACCUUAUUUUAACUGUCUUCACAUUCUUUCUCUCUUUUUCUCAAUAUUUCUAAUCUUUUCUCAUUCUUUCUCUUUUUUUCUAAAUCUUUCUUACCUUUUCUCAUACUUGCCGACGUUUUCACAUUCCUUCUCACUUUUUCCCAAUUUUUAUUAUAUUUUCUCAUUCUUUCUUUUUCUCAUUCUUUUUACGUUUUCUCAUUCUUUUUCUCUUUUUCUCAUUCUUUCUUACCUUUUCUCUUUCUUUCUCUCUUUUUCUCAUUCUUUCUUACCGUUUCUCUUUCUUUCUCUCUUUUUCUCAUUCUUUCUUACCUUUUCUCUUUCUUUCUCUCUUUUUCUCAUUCUUUCUUACCUUUUCUCUUUCUUUCUCUCUUUUUCUCAUUCUUUCUUACCUUUUCUUUUCUUUCUCUCUUUUUCUCAUUCUUUCUUACCUUUUCUCUUUCUUUCUCUCUUUUUCUCAUUCUUUCUUAACUUUUCUCAUUCUUUCUCUCUUUUUCUCAUUCUUUUUUACCUUUUCUCAUUCUUUCUCUCUUUUUCUCAUUCUUUCUCUCUUUUUCUCAUUCUUUUUUACCUUUUCUCAUUUUCUUUUCUUUCUCUCUUUCUUUCUUUUUAUUUCUAUCUUUCUUUCUUUCUUUUCCUUUCUUUCUGCCUUUUUCUUUCUCUCUUUACUUUUCUUUCUUUCUUUUUCUUUCUUUCUUUUUCUUUCUUUCUUUUUCUUUCUUUCUUUCUUUACUUUUUAUUUCCUUCCUUCUUUCUUUCUUUUUCUCUUUUCUCUUUCUUUUCUGGUAUGACAACUGUCAAACAAUAG